GAAGAUUCUGUCACUUUCGGAGUGGCAGUCAGGCUUCUGAACCCCAGCAGAGACUCGAGAGCAUUAGCAGAACCAUUUGCUGUAUUGCUCUGACCUGUGAAUACACGGCCACAAUAUGAUGCCUUUCGGAAAAACCCCCAAAGGAUAUCCUCAAUCUGGAGAAGGUGAUCAGAAAAAUGUCAUCAAACAAAUGAAAGUUCGAACCACCAUCAAAGGUGACGACAGCUGGAUUCACAAACCAGAUGAUACAGAAGGCCAGACCAUAGUGUUACCUCCCAGCGAGGAGCCCUCUUCAGCUGCACCUCCACUCAUAACACCCCGGAAGGAGAGGCCUCCAGCUCCCAAACCUUCAUCAGGCUACAUUAUCAGGGGCGUGUUCACCAAGCCCAUUGACAGCACAAGUCUGCCACAGAAUCGCUACUCAGCUACUUCCGAACCCCCCGAAAGAUCUGUGGUUCCAGCAAAACCUACCACUGCCAACCUGCCCCAGCUCUCAGCCUCUGGCUACAAAGUCAGUUCUGAUGAUUACAAGAAGGAGACCCCUUCUAGAGCCGAAGCUUCCUGCCACCUGUUUCAGAGGUCUGCCACCUGGGAGCACUCCUAUGUGCUAUCUGCUGCCAAGAAGAGCUCACAGAGUUCCACUCAGGACUUAGCACCUCCUUUUAUGGCAAAGAGAGGAACACGCACGGAGCUGUCCAGCACGGGGAGCUCGGAACAGCCUCUUUCCCGUCCAAGGGGAAGUAUCUUUGCAUUACUGCCUGAAAGGGUUGAAGUCGAGGAGGGUGAAGUCCCUCCUGAGAGGAUUCAGACCCUGCCAUCUUUGGCAAGACAGAUUUUCGGCUUCACCAGUGGAAAGAAAGAAGAAACUCACACUCUAGUGCGCCAUGACCCCAAACUGGAAUACACUCUUCGUGACUUUUCCCCAGACACCAGUGGGAAGAGAGCUUUCUUGGCGUAUAAGGAAAGAAACAUUUCCAGCACUAGAGAGGACAUUCCCAGAGAAGAAGAAGAGAAAGACCUGUAUCCUGAUGUCAACAGGUCAAGUACCUGGUCAACUGACAGUAAUCAUGGCUCCAGUGGUUCACAGAAUGAUCUGGAUGAAAUAGAGAUUACCUCUAAGAAAAAAUCUACCCUCAGCUAUGGCGACCGAUACAUCAGUAGCACUCAGAGCUAUAAGGGCCCUGGUAACCAGCAACCUGUUGAAGCCAACAAACCAAGGUCAUUGAACUUGCAGUCAGAAGAAAGUGAUAUUCUAGAGAUGCCUCUGCUUCCACUUGUGCCCAGAGAAUACAGAAUCCCCUAUUGGAAUUUGAUUAGGCCUGGUUCAGAGGAAUGUGGUGUGUUUUCUCCUGAUGACCAGUACGAUCGUUCCAUGAACGUACAAUCCUGCAGACCUAGAAAGAACACCACAACGUAUGUCUCUGCCUCCACUGUUAGCACCACUGAAAAGAGAUAUGGAAGUUCAGCCGGCUCAGAUGAUCCUAUGCCAUCUGAACCCCGCAGAUUUGCAUCAUCCUCUCGCAGCUCCACUGACCAAAAAUUUGGAACCCUGCCCAUCGUGGAUGACAUGACGACAUCUGACCACAGGAGCUCCCUCUCUGGUUAUGAGGAGAGAAGUAUUACUACUAUAGUCAGGGAGGCCAGAUGGGACAGUAUUGGAUUUGCUGGAGCCAAGGGAGGCACCCACCCAGAUCCAAAUAUUUACUCCAGUGACAAUCGAGUCAUCACUCCAGAUUCUGCUCACCAGCUGCAGGGCAGUAGCCAAGAAUUCAGCUCCAGAAGGUGCGUCUCUGCUACAGGGGAGAGAGCAUCCAUGGGGGCUGCCAGCGCUCAAGACAGUGCCUCAGCCUUGGACAGUGAACAAUCUUCUAAGAAAUCUUCCAAGAUAAGUGGUGUUACCUGUACCUACUGCCUCAAAGAGAUCAGAUCUGGGCCCAAAAUUAUUCUGGAGCACUUGGGCAUCUGCUGCCAUGAGAGUUGCUUCAAGUGUGGGAUUUGCAAGAGGAAAAUGGGCAAUAUACUGGAGCGUGUGUUCAUCCACAAGGGAAUCAUUCACUGUGACCAGUGCUAUACUAGACUUUUCUAGUUUCGAUCAGCUCAAGAAGAGUCAUCGUGAAGAUGGGGACCCAUCUUCCUAAAUCUCCAGUUCUACUCUUUCCCCUUAGUACUAAUUCCUGUUGUUUCCUUCAUCUCUUCCCAUCUAACUCAGUUGA